UUUGAAGUGGUUGGCGCAGGUGUCAAAUCCUUAGCAACCUCCAUCAUGGCGGCUCGCACAGCCUCAGCGGCCUAUCGUCUACUGCAGUCUCCUCUGUCAGGGCAGCCCAGGCAGGUUCUCUCUGGAUUAUGGACACAUAGCAGGGAUUAUUCUUCGAAUCAAAUCAUACCCCCACCUGCCAAGUAUGGAGGAAGACACACAGUGACCAUGAUACCAGGAGAUGGGAUCGGCCCGGAGCUCAUGUUGCACGUGAAGGAGAUUUUCAGGCAUGCCUGUGUACCUGUGGAUUUCGAGGUGGUUCACGUGAAUUCAACUGCUGCAGAUGAAGAUGACAUUCAGAACGCCAUCACCGCCAUCAGGAGGAACAGGGUGGCACUGAAAGGUAACAUUGAGACAAACCAUAACAUGCCUCCAUCCCACCGAUCUCGAAAUAACUUGCUCCGCACCAGCCUAGACCUUUAUGCCAACGUCAUCCACUGCCAGAGCCUGCCUGGGGUGCAAACGCGCCAGAAGGAUAUUGACAUCCUGAUUGUGAGGGAGAAUACAGAGGGAGAGUACAGCAGCCUGGAGCAUGAGAGUGUGUCUGGUGUUGUGGAGAGCCUGAAGAUCAUCACUCGGACAAAUUCUCUACGCAUUGCAGAUUAUGCGUUUAAACUGGCAAGAGAGCAUGGUCGCAAGAAAAUCACAGCAGUACACAAGGCUAACAUCAUGAAGCUGGGUGAUGGACUCUUCCUUCAGUGCUGCAAGGAAGUUGCAUCAGGGUAUCCUGAUAUUACUUUUGAAAGCAUGAUAGUAGACAACACCACAAUGCAGCUUGUAUCCUACCCCCAGCAAUUUGAUGUCAUGGUGAUGCCCAACUUGUAUGGCAACAUUGUAAACAACGUCUGCGCUGGCCUGGUUGGUGGUCCCGGACUUGUACCAGGGGCUAAUUAUGGGAGCGUGUAUGCAGUUUUUGAAACGGCCACCAGAAACACAGGAAAGAGCAUUGCCAACAAAAACAUUGCAAACCCCACAGCCAUGCUUCUGGCCAGCUGCAUGAUGCUUGACCACCUCAAGUUACACAGUUACGCAACGUCCAUCCGGAAGGCUAUACUGGGCAGUAUGAAUGAACACCGGAUGCACACGCCUGAUAUUGGAGGUCAAGGCACUACCACUGAAGUAGUGCAGUCAAUCUGCAGGCAAAUUAUUAUCAAGAACGGCCGUGCAGUAACAGUCUGAAAAGAAGCAAGUGCUACAGGAAGAGCACAAAUCACAUGGCUAAAGGAUGCCUAGCCUCGUCGCAAGGAAUGUGAGCCAGAACGUCCCUCUUUCAGUCAUUUGUCAUGCUGCCUUUUACUGUCCGAUUCCACAUUUUUGAGCAAUUGUGCCCCAAGUAGUGAAUGGGGAUAAUAUACUCCACACCCCUCUGUAUAACCAUGACUUUGCUUUUUCAAAUUACUAUUGUUUGCUGCAGAAUUCUCUGGCAUAUUGAAAGCUUAAAGUAACAUUUAAUUAGGGGAAUAAUUGGGGCCCUUGCUUUCAUUUUGCGUGUUUGCAUGUUUUGUACAAAGCCAGGUCAGUGCCCAGAGAUCUCUUCUACUGAAUGUAAGUGUGCUUUACUGGAGUAUUUAUCGGCACUUGUAUAUAAUCAUCAGUUAUGUAAGGGCGGUUUAUACACUAAACUGAGUUACAAUGAACUGAAACUAAAUCGCUGAGUCAGUGUUUAAACUUUUGUUUGUUGUCUGUGAGAUUUGAUCCACCGCAGAGGAAUAUACUUAUUCAUUCAAUACCGUUUGAUGCUACCAGGCAAUUUUUCUUUGUGGAAGUAAAUAAAAUUAUUCACUCCAAUAUCCAA